UUACUGAUGAUGCUGUCCUUCAUGAAGAUAAGUUUCCCCUUUCCAACUCCUCUCCAUCUGGCAUUGUUUCUCAUGAUUUGGAUGUUGCGACAUCGUCUAUAUUCUUUUCACCACCUACUACCAUCUCAGCUCCGACCAGCUCUUCACCGUCAAUGAUUGCUAAUCCUUUAUAUUAUCCUGUGCAGGUUCAAAGCAGUCUAGCACCAUCGCUUGCCGAGAUGAGUCCUUCCUUGUCGUCUUCGCCUGCCGCGAUGCCUACUAUCAGCAGAACCAACUCGAAUUCCGCCUCCAGCUCACCCUAUGACGGCCCGCCUGAGAGACAGGACCUUGCAGGGCCGCCACCUCAAUUCUGAUCGCACGUAUGCCUUGAACACGUCUAUUAUGGAUACCUCUACGCCUGCUUCAGUCGAGUCAAUAAAGCCCCAUAGUGGCACCAGGCCAAGUUUGAAGAAUAUACAACUCUCUUGCAAAUCACAUAUAAUCUCUUAUUCCACCCCCGCCACGAUGCAAACCGAUUCGGUGUAAGUGGGUAUACCAUAUUAAGAUGCGGGCUGAUGGAACUUUUGAGCAUUAUAAAGAUUGUUUGGUGGCAAAGGGAUUUUAUCAACAAGAGGGCGUGAACUUUCAUGAAAUCUUUAGUCUAGUUGUCAAGCAUGUCAUUGUAUAUAAUUGAGGUUGGUAAAUUCGGCAGUUGGAUGUGAAAAAUGCGCUCUUACAUGGUCAUCUCACUGAGGAAAUUUACAUUGAGCAAUCACUAAAAUCUAUUGAUCCUAAGAAACCAAAUUAUGUCUGCCGACUUCACAAGUCCCUCUAUGGUCUAAAACAAGCACCACAUGCUUGGCAUCAAUGGCUAAGUUCCUUUUUACUAUCUUUUGAAUUUACUACUCGAGCUGACUCCUCUCAUUUUAUAUUGAAUCGAGAUGGAUACACUGUUUAUCUUUUGGUAUAUGUCGAUGAUAUCAUUCUUAUGGGAUUACCUACUGCUCCUUUGUCUGCUCUUCUUGCUGAUUUGCAGCAUGAGUUUGCUAUCUUGGGGCACAUUGCUAUAUCUUGGGCAUUGAAUUGCAAUAUUCGGCACAGGGGCUUCUCCUCCAUCAAGGCAAGUAUGCCACUCACCUUCUUCGUCAAGCCAAGAUGUUUGAUGCCCAGCCAAUUACCGCACCCUGCUCCGUCAGUACUGACUCUCAUUCUGUUAGCGAUGUUAACACAGUUUGCCAGUUCAUGCAUGCUCCUACAACUAAACAUUGGCAACUCAUCAAGUGGAUUUUGCGAUUCAUUAGGGGUACCAUUUGUCAUGGCAUUCUAUUCACUCGGAGCAACAAUCUUCAUCUUCAUGUUUUCUCCGAUGCCGGAUGGGCGGGAGACCUUACCACUCGCUGCUCAGUUGGGGGUUAUGGCAUUUUUCUUGGCAACAACCUUAUCUUUUGGAGCUCUCGCAAGCAGCACACUGCGGCUCGCUCCAACACUGAAGCCGAGUUCAAGUGCCUUACAAACACAAGUGCCAAACUCAUUUGGCUUGAGGCUCUAUUGCAAGAUCUCCAAGUGCCAUCUCAACGGCCUCUGAUUUUAUGGUGUGACAACAAAUUGGCAAUCUAUUUGACUAGCAAUCCAGCUUUUCGUGCUCGCACGAAGCAUGUGGAAAUUGAUUACCAGUUUGUUCACGAACGGGUUAGUCGGCACAAGUUGCAUGUUCAAUAUAUUUCCACUCUUGAUCAACCUACUGACAUUUUCACCAAAGGGCUCUCCACCUCUUGGUUUCGCCUCCUACGAGCCAAGCUUAUUGUGUGCUCACCGACAUCAGCUUAUAAGGGGUGUCAAAGAAAACACUGCCAACUAAGAGGAAUUAUCUAGAAUCACCCAAGAAUCACUGCAAUUUCCUCUCCAAGGAAGAUCGCCCAAAUAAUAUCUCUCUCCAAUCUUCAUAGUGAUUAAUUGAAUCAAUCUAGGAUUAUAAUUGGUACACCUAGAUUAGGAAGAUAUACUCUUAUCUUUUUAUUAAUCAUUCUUUGUAUUAUAUAUUGGUUCCUGUAUACAAAGAUUUAUAUAGCU